UGGGUCCUUCUUUGUCAAAUUUUCCAAUACAUUACUCAUGUACUGAACAUACGACGUCAAUACACAACUAUUUUCCUUCAAUGUUGAACAGAGCCAUAGUAUCAGCAACAUUAACAUGUGAAAGAAACUUCUUCCUCAACCUGAUCUCAAAAUCAACCACAUUCACAAACCUCAAGCAAAUCCACGCCCAAAUCAUCAUCAACAGUUUAAAUUCCGACAAUAUAACAGUCACUAAGCUCACUCAAAAGCUGUGCGACAUUGGAGCUGUACACCACGCUAAUCUUCUUGUUUCUGCGACGCCAAAUCCUGAUAUAUUCCUCUACAAUGUCCUCAUUCGUGGCUUUUCUCAUAACUAUCUUCCCUCAUCUUCUGUGUUAGUCUAUGCUCAUUUACGUCGAAACACAACAAUCAAGCCUAAUAACUUCACUUAUGCUUUCGGAAUUUCGGCUUCUGGGUCACUUGGGUAUGAAAAGAUUGGUAUGUUGCUUCAUGCUCACACAAUAAUUGACGGGUUUGAUGAUGAUUUGUUUGUUGGGUCUGCUGUGCUUAAUAUGUACCUUAAUUGUUCAAAGGUUGGGUUUGCAUACAAAGUGUUUGAUAGAAUGUCUCAAAGAGAUACAGUGUUAUGGAAUACUAUGAUAUCUGGUUUGGUGAAGAAUUGCUGUUAUGUACAUUCACUAGGUGUUUUCCGUGAUAUGAUUGGAAGUGCGGUCAAAUGUGAUUCCUCGACUUUGUCCGCGAUUCUUCCUGCUGUAGGAGAGUUGCAGGAUCUGAAGUUGGGGAAGGAAAUUCAGGGAUUAUCAGUCAAAACAGGUUAUUAUUUUCAUGCAUAUGUACUUACUGGUCUGGUUUCUAUGUAUGCAAAGUGUGCGGAUGUAUGCGCUGCCAGAUUGGUGUUUGAGCAGAUGAGAAAACCGGAUUUGGUAUGUUAUAAUGCAUUAAUAUCCGGGUAUACUUGUAAUGGUGAAACUGUGUCUUCGGUUAGCCUUUUUAAAGAAUUGCUACUUUCUGGAGAGAAGGUGAACUGUAGCACAAUUGUUGGACUUGUACCAGUUGGGUCUCCUUUUCGUCAUCCAAGUUUGACUUUGUCCAUCCAUUGUUUCUGUAUCAAAACUGGAAUGAUCAGAAAUUCUUCUGUUUCAGCUGCAAUAACUACAGUUUAUAGUAGGCUAAAUGAAUUUGAUAGGGCUAGACAACUAUUUGAUGAGACACCUGAGAAAAGCUUGGCAGCUUGGAAUGCCAUGAUAUCAGGUUAUACCCAGAAUGGCUUGACUGAAAUGGCAAUAUCACUAUUUCAGCAAAUGCAAAAGUGUCAUAUUCGUCCAAAUCCUGUUACAAUAACUAGUAUCCUAUCAGCAUGUGCGCAAUUGGGAGCGCUUAGUCUAGGAAAAUGGGUUCAUGAACUAAUACACAAUGAGAAGUUAGAGUCAAAUGUAUACGUAUCAACUGCUUUAAUUGACUUAUAUGCAAAAUGCGGGAGUAUAACCAAGGCUCGAGAAUUAUUUGAUUCUGUGCCAGAGAAAAAUGUUGUGUCCUGGAAUGCAAUGAUAUCUGGAUAUGGCCUUCAUGGACUUGGACAUGAAGCAGUGAAUCUUUUCAACCAGAUGGUGGAUUCCAGGAUUCCUCCUAGCACAGUUACUUUCCUUUGUGUUCUAUAUGCUUGUAGUCAUGCAGGCUUAGUUAGUGAAGGCAAUGCCAUUUUUCAUUCUAUGGUUAAUGAUCAUCUUUGUGAACCAGUGGCUGAGCAUUAUGCUUGCAUGGUUGAUCUCUUAGGACGAGCAGGACAACUAGAUAAAGCUUUGAAGUUUAUUGAAAAUAUGCCUGUUAAACCUAGCUCUGUUGAGUGGGGAGCAUUACUUGGUGCAUGCAUGAUUCACAAGGAUACACACCUGGCACGCAUUGCGUCUGACAAAUUGCUCGAGCUAGACCCUGAAAAUAUGGGUUACUAUGUAUUACUUUCCAAUAUUUAUUCAGCUGAUCGCAACUAUGGGCACGCCGCUUCCGUUCGACAAGUAGCCAAGAAGAGAAGGCUGGCAAAGACACCUGGGUGCACUCUAAUUGAGUUAGAUGACACUCCUUACGUCUUCACAUGUGGUGAUCGCUCCCACCCACAAACAACUGCAAUUUAUGGGAAGCUGGAGAAAUUAAUGGCCGAAAUAAAGGAGGCUGGGUAUCAGCCCGAGACUAUGACAGCGUUGCAUGAUGUUGAGGAAGAAGAGAAGGAGCUCAUGGUUAAUGUUCAUAGUGAGAAGUUAGCUAUAUCUUUCGGGCUUAUUUCUACAGAACCAGGAACUGAAAUCAGGAUCUUCAAAAACCUCAGGGUUUGUUUAGACUGUCAUACUGCAACUAAAUUCAUCUCCAAGCUCACCAAAAGAGUAAUUGUUGUUAGAGAUGCUAACAGGUUCCACCAUUUCAAAGAUGGCACCUGUUCUUGUGGAGAUUAUUGGUAAAUUUGAUGUUGCUUCGCGGAUUAAGUUAUGUAGUACACUCUAAAUCAGGUGACGCACUCCUAGCCUCAUGUUAGGGAAGAAAUGUUGCACAUACAGCAUAUUAUAAUAUCCUUUCCAUCUUAGUUGCAGCAAGCAUAAUUAAUCGACAACAUAUUGCUUUAUUCAUAUAUUAUAAUCUUACUUGUGUAUGAUUCCACAUCAAAACGAUUAUGGCAUUACAUAUAGAUUUUAGUUUAGAAAU